AUGCAAGAUCAGAAGAACAGAAGCCGGAUCACCGAAUUCAUUCUCCAAGGAAUUUGGGUUAUUCCAGAGAUGCGGAUUCCAUUUUUUCUUCUGUUUUUACUGAUUUACAUCUUUACUGUCACAGGAAAUCUGCUCAUCUGUAUAGUAAUAAGUAUCGAUCAUAAGCUUCAUACACCUAUGUAUUUUUUCUUAUGCAACUUAUCAUUUUUGGAUUUCUCUUAUGCAUCAGUCAUUCAACCAAAGUUUCUCUCUAUACUCUUGCUGGACAAUCAUUUCAUAUCAUUUGCAGCCUGCAUGACACAAUUUUAUAUCUUUUUGUCUUUGGCUGUCGCCGAAUUUUUCUUUCUUACUGCUAUGGCUUAUGACCGAUACGUAGCGAUCUGUAAGCCCCUACAAUACUCCGUUUUAAUGAAUAACACAAUCUGUUUUAAAAUAGCUGCUGCUUGUUGGAUAGCUUGCUUCUUUGAACCUUUGACACAUUUAAUAGUUGUCAUUCAUCAACCAUUGUGUAGGUCACAAAUUAGUCACUUCUAUUGUGACUAUUCUGCGUUAUUGAGACUUUCUUGCACUGACACAUUUAGUAUUGAACUAAUGACUUAUGUUUUUGGCUCAGUGGUUGCGCUACCUGCUUUUUCACUUACUCUUGUGUCCUAUGUUUACAUUAUCUCCACUAUCAAAUCAAUGCACUCCACAGAGGGCAGACGAAAAACCUUCUCCACAUGUGUGCCCCAUAUUACAGUUGUUAUCCUUUUCUAUAGUACUCUUCUCAUAAUGGCUAUGAGACCUUCUGCACAAUAUUCGUCAGUGCAAAAUAAAGCAAUCUCACUUUUGUAUGCCAUUCUCAUUCCAGCAGUCAACCCUUUUAUUUAUACCCUGAGAAACAAGGAUGUUAAAGUAUCUUUAUAUAAAAUCAUCAUGAAAAUUAUACGUUGCUGA